CAGCGACGUGCUCCGAAGCGCUAUCGGCCUGAGGAAGCAACGACAGUAGCGGCGGCAGUAGCAGCAACACGAGUCGCUGGCCGACGAUCAGCGUGAAAAGUUGUUCCAAGGUGCGAGUCGCGUGACAGCCGCGUGUCGAGGUAGCGCCGAGGUUGCGGAGCGCCGACGACAAGCACAACGACGACGACGACGGCAACGACGCCGACGGCGACGACGGAGACGAGGAGGAGGAGGAGGAGGAGGAGGAGGAGGAGGAGGACGAUGUCGCGCGACGAGGCGCCGUGCUCGCAAGGUGGAGUCUGCUGACGCACGGCUCUACCAGUGGUAUCCUCUCGUAGGCCAACAACAGUGAGUUCUCACUGUAUCUCGCGAGCCGUUCGCCGAGCGUGUUGGUGGAUCCUCGUCGGCGAAACGGACGGCGAUCGGCCGGGCCUGUAGCGGUCGGUAGGAAAAUGGCGGCGCGCCUUCCGCGACGGAGACGACGUCGCGCGACGACGGCGACGACGUGCGGAAUCUGAAGAAUCGCCCGCGCGCGUCCGCAAGCACCCCCGCCGCCGUCGCACCGGCCGCGGCGGCUUCAGCGCCGGGGCUCUGUUCAACCCCGCUGCUCAGGGCGACAACCCCACGAGUAGUGUGUUGUGUUCGAUCGGUUCGACGUCGAGCGGCGAGCGGCGAGCGGCGAGCGGCGUGCGGCGUGCUUUUACCUGGAGCGGUGUGAGCUCGUUCGGCGCGCGUUCCGCUACGUUCGCGCGUGUGCCGCAGGAAAACAACGGCGACGCACCGAGCGCAUACGAGUCGCGACGGCGUGCAUUACGUGCGUUCGUGCAUGCGUUACGUGCGGUGGGCAAGAAGCGUGCUCUCGCUCUCUCGGAAGUGACGAGUGCUCUCACGCGAGCGCUCUUAUGCGAGUGAGAGCCGCGGCUCUGCGGCAUCGGCAGCUGCAGCAGCACGGCGAACACGCUGACAAGUGUCGUCUCAUCGGCGGGGUGACUCGCGUCAUCACCAUCACCGUCACCCCCGCGCUCGCUGGAUGAUGAUACCGCGCUCGGCGGCAGCGGUCAUCGUCGCCGCCGCCCGCGCGACUCGCUCGCGACUCUGCCGAGGUCGACGUUGAGCCGCGGCGGCGGCGGCGGCGGCGGCGACGACGACGACGGCGGUGGCCACGGCAGUGGUGGCCAAGGCCGGCGGGCCCCGCACGGCAACGACUCCACGACGUGACCACGGCGGACCACCGGCUCUCGCGGAAGCUCAGAGAAGAUGAGGGACGUUCGCGACGGAGGCGGCAUGGCGAGCCUGCUCGCCCUGGCGCUCUUCUGUUUCUUCCAUGCCUCGUGCCCAGUGGAUGGACUGCUGAAGUGUUACUGCGACAUUUGCGCGGACACCAAUUACACAUGCGAGACCGAUGGCUAUUGUUUCGCCAGUACGAGCCUGGAAAACGAAGUCGUCACGCAUGCUCGCAGGUGUUACAAUAAGACGCACUUCUUCCCGGACACCGACUACUCCGUUUGGUGCACCACGAACAGUACACUACGCGGUCAGGAUGGCAUCCGAUUCGAGGUCGCCUGUUGCGAUCAAUUCGACUACUGCAAUCGCGAUCUAGGGCCCUUCUUUCCUCCUCACGAGUCCAGAGGUGGGCCGUACUCUCACUUCGCGAACCACCUCGCACGAGUGUCGUCGGGUGGCGGCGGCAAGUCGCAGAUCAACUGGGUGAUCGCCGUAGCGAUAGCAGGCCCGAUAGUCGGCCUGAGCGUGAUCGUAAUGCUCAUCUAUCACAUACGGCGCAGCAAGAGGAAGAAGCGGGACAGGCACUACCCGGACGACUCGCACGACGCGCCGGACCGGCCGAUCCUGGACGGCGUCACCAUCAGGGACAUGCUGGAGAUGACUACGAGCGGCAGCGGCUCGGUAGGCCUGCCGCUUCUGGUACAACGGAGCAUAGCGCGCCAGAUCCAGCUGGUGGAGACGAUCGGGAAGGGUCGCUUCGGCGAGGUUUGGCGCGGGCGUUGGCGCGGCGAGAACGUCGCCGUGAAGAUCUUCAGUUCGCGGGAGGAGAGGUCCUGGUUCCGCGAGGCCGAGAUCUAUCAGACGGUGAUGCUGAGGCACGACAACAUCCUGGGCUUCAUCGCUGCCGAUAACAAAGAUAACGGCACGUGGACGCAGCUGUGGCUGAUAACGGAUUAUCACGAGAAGGGCUCGCUCUUCGAUUACCUCAACAGAUCAACCGUCGAUACGAACGGUAUGAUAAGGAUGGCCUUGUCGAUCGCCACCGGCUUGGCGCAUCUUCACAUGGAAAUAGUCGGCACGCAAGGCAAGCCGGCUAUCGCUCACCGGGACCUGAAGUCAAAAAAUAUUCUCGUGAAGACUAAUGGUACCUGCGCCAUAGGCGACCUCGGGCUGGCCGUCAGGCACGACGUAAUCACGGAUACCGUCGACAUUCAGCUCAACAACAGAGUCGGCACGAAGAGAUACAUGGCGCCCGAGGUUCUUGAAGAGACGAUAAACAUGAACCACUUCGACUCGUUCAAGAGGGCGGACGUGUACGCGCUCGGCCUGAUCCUCUGGGAGAUCGCCAGGCGUUGCAACGUUGGCGGGAUUCACGACGAGUAUCAGCUGCCCUUUUACGACUUGGUGCCUUCCGAUCCGACUAUCGAGGAGAUGCGGAAAGUCGUGUGCACAGACCGACAGCGGCCGUCGAUACCGAACCGAUGGCAGUCGAUCGAAGCUCUGCAGGUGAUGUCGAAGGUGAUGAAGGAAUGUUGGUACCACAACGCGGCCGCUAGGCUGACCGCACUCAGGAUCAAGAAAUCGCUCGCUAAUUACGGCGCUAUGGAGGACCUGAAGUAGAUUAAGCUUUCGUCGGGCUCUUGGACGGGAAGAGAGCGACGGGGGAUCGAUUGGUACGUUGCAUACGCCGGACGUAGCUACGACUGGAAAUUCGACGCGUUGGAGCUCCCGACGAUCAGACGGAGGGGAAGCGGGAGGAAGAUAUUCCGAGGGGUGUACAUACCGAACAGAUAUUCCGUGGAGUCUCGCGAAGAGUCUGAGAAAUAGACUGGCCGAAGUUAUGGGGUUCCUUCGUGCGAGACAGGCCUCGACGUUCGAGCAGAUUCGAGCACUGCACGAGCGGUCGGCAUCGUAACGCGGCGAGUCGUGGGCAGAGAAGUAGAACGAACGAACGACCGGACGACCGAUAUGUUGCGGUGGGAAGAAACUUGGUUACUUCAGUGGUCCCGAUGUGUCAUCAUCGCGACCCGAUAAUCGAUCGCUCGAGCGAACGGGUCGGCAGGAAGUCGCGCGAUACGAUUUCGGUUAAUCGAACGAUCGCUCGGUUAUCGUGUCACACGUAUACUUACAUUUCUAUACGCAGCACAUACACACACACACACACACACACAGACACUGCUGUAUAUUUAUUAUGAUAUAUAUAUAUUAAUGUUAAGAUAACGAAGUAUACAAAUUUAUUAUAUAGUGACGUUUAUUGAUUACUACUAAUGAGUAACGGUACAUUCGUAUAUUAAUAUAUAUAUACACGCGUAUAAUUAUAUAUUAUACAUAUUCGUUAUCGGAGACUAACCGAUUCGAUUAACCGAACCAAUCUUCGUUCUCUCCGGGCGAUCUCGCGAGAGCGACUUUCGUCCUCGGCCGAGAGACAAUCGACGCGUUCGCGCGAGCGCAUGCUGAAUCGAUGGAAGUGAUCAGGACGUCGCGCGAGAUACGAACGUAUCGGCUCAGCUCAGCGAAUGGUUGCGGAAGUACACGCGAAAAAGGCCUCAGACGUUGAGAGAGUUGACACUUUUUAAUAUAAAUUCCGAGAAUACGCUGUUAGAUUUUACCGACGCGUGUAAGAAGAGAAAGAGAGAGAGAGAGAGAGAGAGAGAAAAGGAAAAAAAAGAAAGAAAGAAAGAGCGGGACUGGAGACACAUUGGGAGCAUAUACCGUACACCUUGUUAUACAAAAGAGAAAUGCAUAUCUUUUGGUUUUCCUUCCUCUCGAGAGUUCGUCGAUUCAAGCGACACUAUACAGGGUAGAUAAAGAGACCGAACGACGCUGACCGGUUCUGACCGCUGGUCGAAAGAGAGAAAGUAGGAAGAGAGGGAAAACGGCGUCCGGUAAAUUCGAAUUCGAAGUACGCGAAACGGCGUCCUCUGUCUGUCGAGUGAGCGACAGGACAGCCGUUCGACGAGAUAUCCUUCGGCCUUUUGGAAAACGCGAGGAAUAACGCGAGUCAUCACCGCGACUACCGGCGAGACCUGCGUAAAAAGAGCGUUCUCCUCCCUGCGCGCGACAAUUACCGCGAGACUUUUGGCGCAUCGUCCGGUUUUGUUUGUCGACCCUAUACGUAUACUCUUAGUGUGUAGUAAAACACAUCCGAAUGUUUUGCUCAAAGCGAAUAUUUUUGCGUAACGAGAGAGAGUGCGCGCGCGCGCGAGCGAUGCGUAAUGGCAACGGCGGGACUUUCGAAGCGUGUUUCCUUUGCAACGCAGGAAGGCUGAAAAUUGAAGGAUGCUAAGCUCAAGAGCGCGUAAUAUCGUGGCCUGAAAGGAGCGUGAGAGAGGGAGAGAGUGCGAGAGAAUGUGAGAAAUGCGAGAGAAAGGCAGAGGGAAGAACGUGUGGCGAAAGCUGAACUGCGACUGAUACGAGAAGGAGAGAAAGAAGCGAGAGGACAAAUUCGAUAAAAAGAGAAUCAUUGGAGAAUCUAUAUUUUCGGGAAUUUUUUUGCGUGGAAGAGAGAAAGAGAGGGAGAGAGAGAGAGAGAGAGAGAGAGAGAGAGAGAGGGAGAGAGAGAGAGAGAGAGAGAGAGAGAGAGAGAGAGAGAGAGAGAGAGAAAGGUACGAAGUACAGCGAACGUGAAAAUGUCGAUCGAGUGAGUGUAUGUGAGACGAGCGGACGCGAUUGGGCGAGAGGAGGAGAGGAACCAAACGUGGCUCGAUGUUGCGAACGUUUCCGUACGCGAUUGUGAACAUUUGCGAUUUCUUAUCCCUCUCGCACUCUUGAUCGUGCAAUUUCGUCGACAUUGCGAAAUUUUAUCAAACUUAUCCCGCGAAGAGGAAGCUUAUUCGUUCGAUCUUCAUUGGAAAUUAUUUCCAAUCGCGGGGACAUUCUUCUCUAGUCAACGAACGUACGUCUGCGCUUUUGGUGUUCCUCCGGCGUGAUCGCGUCCGAGUAAUUCCUCGGAUUAUUUCCAUCGUAUUGUAUCGUUAAUGUACGCGCUACAUCUCGACGACGGCUUUAAGAAGGAGCUCUUAUCGGUGUUCGUUUGUCAUUCGGCCCGGUGUUAUAUUUCGUACGUUUCCUUCGUGUGUACCGAGGCUCCCUCCCUCGGGAGGUCGAAGGUGAAUUUCGUGUGUACACGUUUGCGCGCUGUAUUUCAGUGAGUUGAAAAAAGCAAUCGUAGUGCUCGAAAGAUAGAUACGUAAGUUUGGUAUACUGCGCGAGACUGAGAAUGCGACGAGUAUGCGUAUGGGUGGUCUCUGUGCGAAAAAGAAAAAGAAAACACGAUAAUUGUAAUAUUAUCGGGUGGCGAACAGGAGGGAGCGUUCUCCUGUUUGUCCUCGUGGGAUGGAGAACGAGCGUCUCCUCUUCAGCCGCGGAUAUAUACUGAUUAUAUCGGAUAAUAGAGUGUAUAGUGUAUACUUCUUGGACGAGGCGAGAUUUAUCUGGAGUGUGAGAGAGAGAGAGAGAGAGAGAGAGAGAGAGAGAGAGAGAGAUAGCGAGCGUGAAGGAAGAAGUCGCGUGAGGCGGAAAAUUUAGGCGAGGAAAGAAAAAAGAAAGAAAGAAACAAGAGAACACAAGAAUCUUCGUCAUCCAAUAGUCAACGUAAAAGUCUGCGAGGUUACAAUUAUUACUAUACUAUAGACAAAG